UUGCUAGUUUUAUUAACCUAACCUGACUUAAAACCUGACGCAAAAGCGAAGCGCGAAUACAAGCAUGUUCUCCAGAAACAGAAAGGGCGAAAUGGAGAUCGAUGUGAUGCUAGACGAACCGCUGACCAGCGACUCCUGCACGAAAGUGGUGAUGGAGCUGAUAAAAUAUAUUCUCUAUCAAAAGCAGCAGAUACCAUUCACGUACGAAGCGUUAUUUCAAUAUCAAACGAGCGUAAAGGCGACCGAUAGGAAUGCGGUUUCCUUUAAAACUCUAUCAAGCACGCUGAAGAGUGUCUCUGAUCAUUUGUCUUCGCAAUUCUUUCUCAAAGGCUGCGAUAUAAAAGAAGUCGCUAUAUUACUCGGUGCUACAAUAUUAUCGCCGAAGCUUUACAUCGGAAUAGAGCUUCCCUCAUAUGUUCUCAAUAGCAAGCAGCACAAAGAGCAUCAGCAUUCCUCGAGAAAACCACUUUUAAAACUCAUGAGAUCUAUGUUGGAAUGUGACGAGUUUCAGGAGGCUAUGAACAUUCCUUUAAAUAUGACAAAUAUGUUUGUCAUGCUGAGAAAGAGCGACAGUAACUCUGUGUCAGAUUUUUUCCUGCCUAAACCACAAUACGUGCCACCUACACAAACAGCAAGUUGUUUCAAAAUUAAACUGUGCCAGAGUGAUAAAGUAGAUAUACAAUGCAACUGCAGGACGCUCAUCAAAGUGUGUCACGAUUCAUGCAAGAUUUACUUGGAGAACGAGGAUGAUGUGCAAUAUACUCAAUAUAAUAGUUCUACUCAGUCUUCCUAUCGAUGGUAUCAAUCAAAACAGAUCAUAAAAGGAUUCAAAUUCUAUUCAUGACCAUGAUUUGGCCAUGUGACAUAGCAAAAUUCAAAAUUUUUGUAAAACAAGAUAAACAAUUUUCUAUUCUAGGAUAUUAAAUAGACUAAUAUUAUACAAUUGUAAUUAAGACUAUGAGACAGUAUUAAUAUGUUUAAUAACAUUAAUGUGUUUUAACUGCUGACAUUGCAAUGACGUGAUUAUGACUUGACAAAUGCCCCGAGGUCAUUUGAUAGAAAUUUCCAUUCACUAUCAAUAAGAGCCAAUGCAGUAUUUUUAUUUAUAUCAACGAACAACAAGCAUGAUAAAUCAUUACCAUGUAUCCAUAAUCGAAAUUAUAUAAUCGCGACUACAGUGCAAAAUUAUAUAAUAAUAAAAGAUUUUAUUGAUUAUUAGGCAUUUUAUAAUGAAAUAGAUAAGAAUGUUAUUGCUGAUUUAUUGUAUGGAGAGAGGAAUUCUGUAGUUUUUAUGAAUAUUUUAUAUUGUAUACAUAAUUAUAACGUUAAAUAUUUUUAUCUUG